AUGGUAAGGAUUGAAUUUGUUGUUGAACAAGGAAUGACAACUAGAAGAAGUAACAGAAUUGCUGAACGAAGACGAAUUACAAAUCUUGAGCAAGAAGAAGAAAGAGUGGACGAACAUCAAAGAACAGAAAUUCCAAUUAGAUCUCAGCGAGAAAAAGGACAAAAUAAUGAUAUAGAUUAUGAUAGGAUGAGUGUCCAUACUGCAAUCACGUAUUCUACAGACGAAGGACAGAGAAUUGGGAACGAAGGACCAAUUACAGCGAGUGAAGGAAAUGUGACGAUUGCAGAGCUUAGGAAAAUAUUACUAAUUGAAAGAAAGAGAGAAGAAGAAGAGAGUGCGAAUAUAAUCCGUCAAAAUGAUGAUUUACGAGAAGAGAAUCUUAGACUACAAGAACAAAGGUCAAGGAGUACUACACGCUCAAGGUCAAGAUCAAGUAGAAGUUCCUCCCGACAGAGUCAAUCUAAUCGAGGAAAUGAUAGGCGAAGGCAACACAUCGAAGUCAUUGAAGAAAACUCGCAAGAAAAUGAAAAUUUGGAAGAUCAAAGGGAAAGCAGACGUAUAGUUGACUUCGAAACUAAUCGGUAUGAACACCCACGUGAAUUUCUUCGUCGUGCACAUAUUAAUUUUGAAAGGGAAGAAGCGGAUCCAAGGCAAGGACAGAUGAUAUUACAUGGCAGAGAAAUAUUAAGAGACGAAUAUGAGCGCGAACGAGAAACUGAACGUGCGAGAGAUAGACAGAGAAGAAGGGAAGAAUUAGAAGAAAGAGAAUUACAAAACGGAUUGCGUCAAAUUAAUUAUGAUAAUCGAGUUAGGAAACGCGAGCGUCAUCACAUAGAUGAUACAGAACAAGGUCGAGUUACCCCACAAGAAAGAGAAAUAUCAAGACAUCGAUAUGAUAGCACAGGAAAUGAAGAAAGACAUGAUAGAGUACAAAUUGAAGCAAAUACUGAAAGGCGUAGGCAAAGAAAAGAAGAAGUUGAACAACAGGAGAUACAAGAAGCAAUACGCCAAAACAAUCAUGAGAAUAUAUUGAGACAAGCAUUAUUAAAAAGACCCAUGCGAGAGGAUUUGGAUCAAUCAUUAAGAAAAGAAAUUCUUAAGAAGAUGGCAUAG